UGUUUUAGGUUCCUGCAGCGUGUUUUUGUCUGUGGACACAAAAACUGCGAAAUCAAGGAGAAGGACAGCGCCCAGAAUAACUGUAAACCUCUGUAAACUGUAUGGAGCACCGCGCUGGGAAUGGCUCUCCGGGCGUUCUCUCCGGGCUGUCGGACAUGUAAACGCAGGACAUGAGCCUGUUAAAGCCACAGUGCUUCGCUGAGCAGCGCUGUUUGAUCCAAGAGAAACGUGCCUUGUAAGGAAGCAGGAUGUUCACCGGCUCCACGAAACUGCCACCCACUAAAAGCCCCCAGCCCGAGCGGCUGGAUGAAGUGUACGCUGCCUUACGCAGAGGCUUACAGUCCUACCUGCAGGUCCACCAGCUGGAGCUGGACAGUCUGGGUCAACAGAUCAGAGAAAACAAGAGGAACGGACGUUUGGGGUCGCUGUAUGAGCUGGAUAAGCAAGUGAAAGCCAUCGAGAGGUUCAUGCGGCGCUUGGAGUUCCACCUCAGCAAGGUUGAAGAACUCUAUGAAGCUUAUUGCAUUCAACGGCGGGUGCGCGAUGGCGCCAGUAAGAUGGUGGCGGCGUUCAACUCGGCCACGGGCAGCAGAGAGGCCAGGGAGAGUCUGAGCGAAGCCAACAAGGGCUUCAGAGAGUGUACGGAGCACAUGUGUUCGCUUGAGAGUGAAUUAGAAAGCCAGAUGGGAGAAUUUCAUGUCAAGAUGAAGGGCCUCGCCGGCUUCGCGCGCCUCUGUGCCGGGGACCAGUACGAGGUCCUGAUGCGCUACGGGCGGCAGCGCUGGAGGCUACGAGGCCGCGUGGAAGUCAGCAACAAGCAGAUGUGGGACAGCGAAGAGUACAUAUUCCUGCCUCUCGUCACAGAGCUGCUGUCAAUCAAGGUGACGGAGCUGAAGAGCUUGGCCAACCACGUGGUGGUGGGCAGCGUGUCCUGCGAGAUGCUCGACCUGUUCUGCCCGCUGCCGCAGACGCUCGCCGUGGACAUCAACGACCUGGGCACGGUGAAGCUGAACCUGGAGGUCACCUGGAGUCCGUUCGAUAAGGACGACCAGACCUCGUGCACCAGUACGGUUUCUAAACGGCUGCUGGCCAAUCAGAGCCCACCCGACACGCCUUCCAUGCGGGAGCAGGUGUUCUAUUCUCUCCUCAAGCGUCAGGGAGAAAUGGAGAACGGGACGGUCUGGUCCAACUCCUCCGAGUCCUCCGACGACUCCUCCAGUCCAGCGCUGGCUCACCAGAGGCUGACGGCCUCCAACAUGCUGCAGACCACCCUCACCAGUCAGCUGUCGUCCACUCCACACAAGUCCAGCGCGUCCACGCCGUCGCUCUCGUCCAACCAAGAAGAAGAGGAGACAGAGUCCGGGGAGGUUUUCUCUCAGACAGAGUCGGUGCCUAAUGGCCAUCUGCAGACUUCCUGCUCUCGUAGCCCGGACUUUACAGUGACUGACAGGGCAUGUGUCCAAUCAGCUGACCUCUGUGAAACCUCCGCAGACCUGAGCUGCUCGUGCCCGGAUGUCUCGUCCGUACCCGCCGCGUUAGCGAGAGAGAUGUUUGAAAGCUGCACGCCACAGGUCUCAGCAGAGGUGAAGGCUGAUUCACCUGAGGAGUCGGUGCAGGAUAAAAGAGACAAAGCAGAGAUGGAGCACAGCACCGAAGAAGCAACGUCAGAGGAUGCCAAGUCUGUCCAGGAGCCAAAACAGCCCGAGGAAUCUCCAGCGGCUUCUUUUCCCACGUCUGCUAGUUUCACCCAAGAAGUCGAGACGGCGCUCGAAAGUUUCGACUUUCUCAACUGUUCUGACCUUGAUGAAGAGGAGGAAGACGAGGAACAGAAGGAAGACAAAGGAGAGAAAGAAGAGGAGAGCGAGCCAAACGAAGAGGACAAAGACGAAACAGAGGAAGAGAACAGGGAGGAGAUCUGUCACUCUGGAGGAAGUGAUGAUGAGCAGAUGGACGGUCUUGAGAUUCUUAUGGAAGCCCCAGAAGGAUUUAGGAACUCAGAUGAAGAUCGUUUCUCUGAAUCCCAGGAGUCAAUUACAGAGGAUGUGCUGGAUUUGGGACAGGUGGAAAUGCCAGAGGACACGGAGGAGCCUGGGGAGGAAAACAGAGACGAGCCACAAGGAGAAGACGCAUCCCCCUGAUCAGGAGCCUGUCCACUUCCAUCUGGCCACUGUGGAGCCAUAGUUAAACCAUUUCUCCCACUCUGAUCCAUUCACACCUUUCUCCUCUUAUGCUGUGGGACUGCAGGACGUCCCACUUACUGCUCAGACAAACAAGCUCUUCCAUUGCGGUGGCGUUUGUGCACAUAUUUGCCUUGUUCUGACCAAGAACGAUAAACCUCUGGGUUUCUGCACCUCAGUCAUGACUGAAGAUCUCGCCCACAUCCACCUCCGUCAUCAUUACAACACACUCACAAUGCCUGUGUUUAAGUGGGACUCCACUAAAGUUUACACAAACUGUUCCUGUCGUGUGAAAAUCCAGUGUCCAAAACGUUAACAUUUCAGGAACAGCUAAAAGCUGCCUUUUGAUUUUAUUACAGUGCAUUUUUAAGUAUUUACUAAUUUUUCAAAUGGUUCAAGUUAAUGCAGCUCUUUAAUUCAGAGAAUCACACAAUGACCUAUCCAACGGUUUCGUAACGCAGUAUUUGUGAAUAUGAAAAAAUAGAGGUUGUGAUUUUCAGUGUUUAAAUCAGUGUGCAGCAUCGAGCAGGAGAGAAAAAACGCGUCAUAGACAUGUGAUGUUUGUCUGAAGAUUUCUAUCAACGUGCUGUGAACAUGAAGUCAUUUCCAAAUCGAGAGAAUCUCCUGAAACCAACAGUUUAUUUUAAGCAUCGGCUAAAAAUGAGAAAUACCCAGAUAUACACAUGUAAGCGUCACGGCUGCACCGGAGCUGUGAGUAAAAUACAUUACAUGUGGAACUGAUGUAAAAACUUGAAGGAUAGCAGUUUCUCAGCUAUUAUUUAAAACUGGUCUUGGUUCUGUUUUUGCAAAGAUGAAAAUGACCUGCAGUGCAAAACUAUAUUUAAACCUGCAUGUGUAGCUGCCUCCCACUGCCAGCAUGUCCGUACGAACUGACCAGUUCAAGUCUGUGAGCUCCUGUGGAAGGAAGACGUCGUGUCCGUAGCUGUGUGCAAAGGCUGCCUCACGGGGGCGCUAUAGUCCGUCAAGCAUCGUGCUUUACAUUGUGUUUCAAAGCCUCUUUAUUCAGAAAGUGCCUCAAGCGACAGAGAUGUAUGGAUUUAAAUGCCACGACGUGAGAGAUCAGGCAGAAGAGACGUGUUUAUUUUCCGAAUUACUUUAAGAUUGUGCACAAUAAGAUAUUUACUGUUUCAUAUAAAGAAAUGUAUAUGUCUUGAAAUGUUCAAAUGUUUAUGUUCAGAAUUGUUAAACUUUAUAAAGGUUUCUUUAAAAUUAAA